AUAUGGAGUCACCAAGACAUGAAAGUUGGCCGAAAGUAAAUAAGAGAUAUCAGAUUGUCAGGAAGUUAGGACAAGGCACUUUUAGCACUGUUUAUGAAGCCAGAGACAGAAUAAGAGCAAUAGAUGUCGCAUUGAAGGUUGAAAAGAAUCGGAGAAGAAGCAGAAACGGAACUGGAAUAUUAAACUUCGAGUUCAAAGUUAUGACUGCUUUACAAUGAAAAACACAUGUCCCAAGAGUGUUUGAGUAUGUUGUCAAUGAGCCUGAUGAAGACGAUUACAUAGCAAUGGAACUUCUAGGUCCAAAUUUGACUAAAGUUAAAUAAGAGCUUCCAACGAGGAUUUAGUCAAGGUUAUGCCACUCGACUUCUGAUGCAGAUGUUGGAAGGUAUCCAACAAGUCCAUGAAAAGGGAUUUAUUCACAGAGAUAUAAAAGCGUCGAAUUUCCUACUUGGAGAUGAUAAUCGAGUUGUUCUUGCAGAUUUUGGUCUUGCAAAAGUUCACUUAAAUCAGAGGAAUGGGAAGCCACUGACUCCAAGAGAUCAAGUCGAUUUCAGAGGCACGAUCUCUUUCGCUAGCCUUAACGCUCAUUAUUGUAAAGAGCUUUCUAGAAGAGAUGAUUUAUGGAGCUGGUAUUUCGUCUUGCUUGAUUUUUACGGUGAAACUCUAAAAUGGAGAAAAGAAAGAGAUAACACUAUGUCACAAGUUCAAUGCAUUUAAGGAAGAAGCUCUUGCAGAGCCCGAAAAAUAUCUUUGGAGUAGUAAGACUGACGAGGUGCCCCAAAUCAAAGAAAUUUUUUAUCACAUUAAAGGCCUCGGGUACGAUGAUACUCCAGAUUAUGAUCUUCUUUUUCAGAUAUUAAUAAAUAUCCUUGCUCAUGUAGAAUUUAAAGCGCGACAUGUAGCAUUUGAUGGAUUUUUAAGAAGCUUUAAAGCAACUAAUAAUAUGCCAGUUACUAUUCAUUCUGGAAAUUCUGGUCCAAAAUAACCCUCAAUUAAACUUAGAAACACUUGGUACUACUACAGGAGCUUUAGAAAACUUUGCACACUCAUCCUCGGUUGGACAAUUUAAGGUGGAAAAUAUUGUAGAGGACAACUUAGAUACUGCAGAAUACUCAUGAGUCCCAAUUGAUGAUAGUCUUGCAAGAAUACAGAAGUUUGUGAUCGACCAAUGAUUUUAUCCUGAUGUUCCUCAAUGUAACCAAUUCAGAAUUACUCAAAACUUACAUGUAUCUAUUCGUACUGAGAAAAUCGAUGCUUUUGAAGAUGAAUUCUUCAAGAUCUUCUAUUCUCUCUACCAGCUAAAGAACGCUCCAAGGACACACUCUCUAUCUAUUUCAGACGGUAGCGAAGAAGAUUAUGAAAUUUGUGAAGGGCUGGGAGAACUCUACUAUGAAAACAACCAUAAAAUGAAUAAUAAGAUGCUAUAUCCUCUACCAAGUGAUUAUCCUCUAACCGGGAUUUCAACGGUUUCAAAUUUUGACGGAUCAAUUCAGAAUUCCAAAAUGGAUCCUAACCUGAUACCGAACCCUUCUAAAUGGGUAGUCCCACCUCUACAGAUCUUCCAGCCUGAAAAUCACCCAAAUGCUUCUGUAAACUUUCCGGUGAUAGAAAUUGUGGAGAAUAACUCUGAAGGGAAAAAGUCCGUCCCUGACCAAGAGAGUUCUAGUGAAGAGUACAAGGUCGAAGAGGAUGAAAUUGAAGAACUGAGUGAUAUAAUAAUAGAGCCGAACAGGAAACAGACCAGGAAUAAGAAAAGAAGGAAGCAAGCUGCUCAGAGGAACUCAAUGUGUGGAGCCAAAAGGAAAAGAGAGUUGAAAAAGAUCGAAAAGGAUAUUCCCUACUCUCCAGUUACAAUAAAAUGUGACUAUUCGCCUAAAUCAAGAAGAGAAGUAGAUCCUAGCCGACAAGUAUGUCCUAAAAGGACUAGAAAAACCAUAAUUGACCUUGAUGAUUAA